UUGCCGUUUCAUAAGUUCGUCACUUAGUGCUAUUGCUACGAAAUGAUACUUUUAAAAAAUGCAACAUAAUGCUUCACCUUACAAAAAAAAAUAGAUAUAAAAAUACGACAGUGCCACACUGAAGCAUCAUUCACACAACCUUCUCUGUGCUUGAACAUCGGACAGCUAACAUGAAGAAUCUGACAUUGAUCUUGAUUAUUCUAGUGGUGAUAGCCGCUCUGGCCUACGCCCAUCACCACCACCGUCGUCAUCGUCAUCACCGUCAUCAUCACCACCAUCACCGUCAUCACAGACAUCACCGUCACCAUCGCCACCACCAUCAUCAUCAUCACCACCACCAUCAUCAUCGACAUCACCGUCACCGUCACCACAGCCACAGUCACAGCAGCAGCAGCAGCUCCAGCAGUCACGAGACCGUCAUCGUCCACCACCACCACUCCUCUCCGUCGUCCUCCUCUGGUUCAUCCGGCGGGUCCUCCGGCUGCUCCAGCUGUGGAGGCAGCUCCAAAUCCUCGUCCUCGUCCUCCGAGGACUACCCCAUCCCAAUCCCCGUCCCCUACAGUCACGGAGGCAGCAGUGGUAGCAGCAGUGGAGGAUCUUCUGAUGCUGCUCUCCUGCAGGCUCUCAUCAACGCUGGAAAGAAAUAAACUCUCUCAAUUCUUUUCACCUUUCGGUUGAGGGUUCGCUGUUAAUCGGGUGGAGCUGGUCUCACUGGAUCUGUUAGAUUCAUCGCUGCAAACCACAGAUAAUCAGAUUUUCUAUAAAAUACAGACUGCUCAUGUAUAAAAUGAUAAAUUAUGAAUUGUAAUAAA